UCGCCGAUACCCGCCGACUUUCCUGGCGGCGAGCUUUCGAACGCGCUGAAGGAACAUUCAUUUGGGAUAUCUCGUUUCGAGAUCGUGCACACAUCGUCUCAUGAGGCGAGGGCACGCAUCACACUCCUAGACGAGAGAGAAGUAACGAUAGUGCUUACGACGAAUGGAUAUAAUGUGCGUCGGGAGGUCCUGCUGAACGCUAGGACAUUCGAAAGCCUCGACGAUCUACUGGUAUCAGUUAGUCCUCAAUAUAGGGAGAUCCAGCAGCAGGCACUGUUGACCAAACUACAA